CAGUAUGAAUAAAAAAAAAAGUAUGGCAAUUGAUUUUCAAGAUAAUAUGAUUCUGUUAACGAGAAAAUAUUUGAAACGUAAAAUUAUGUGUCCUGAAACAAAAUUUAGGCAUCAUGUUAAAGAACGCUUGCACAUAUUAGAACUAUUAAAGCGUACAGUAGAUACAGGUGAAAGUAAUUCUGCUCUGUUGAUUGGACCUAGAGGUAGUGGAAAAACAACACUGAUAAACAGUGUUUUAAAAGAAUUGUCUUCUAUUAAAAGUUUCAAAGAAAAUGCAUUGAUAGUGAAUCUUAAUGGUUUGGUUCAUACCGAUGAUCGUUUGGCAUUGAAAGAUGCCACUCGUCAAAUGCAAUUAGAAAAUGUAGUUGGGGACAAAGUUUUUGGUACCUUUGCUGAGAACCUAAGUUUCCUACUUGAUUGUUUAAAAUCAGGGGAUAAGAAACAUUCGAAACCAGUUAUUUUUAUAUUGGAUGAGUUUGAUCUGUUUUGUGAACAUCACAACCAAACUUUGUUAUACAAUCUCUUUGAUAUUGCUCAGUCUGCACAAGCACCGAUAUGUGUGAUAGGAAUGACUUGUAGAUUGGAUGUUAUAGAGCUUUUAGAAAAGAGGGUAAAAUCAAGAUUUUCUCAUAGACAGAUAUUUUUAUUUCCUGGUGAUACAUCAUCCUCAGAGCAACCAACGUCUGGCUUUGAUAGUCGUUUAGAGCUAUUUCAACACCUUCUCAGUCUUCCUGAUGAUGAAAAUGUAAAUAGGAUAGAACAGCAAUACGAUGAUUGUACAAUAGAUCCACAGUUUGGAUCAAUGUGGAAUGAGUAUAUAAAAAGUUUAGUUAAUAAUGCUACUAUGGUGAACUUGUUAAAGAGAUUGUAUCAGAUAGAUAUAAGCGAGAGAGGCUUUAGAAAUUUUUUGGCAGUUGUGGUUUCCACAUUGUCAGAAAAACAUCAGAGAUUAGAAGUGAAUGAUUUUGUAGAAGCAAGUAAAAUGUUUUCUCAGGAUGACAAAGUACUAAUGCUCGAGGGAUUGUCUGUUGUAGAGAUGUGUUUAAUAAUAGCAAUGAAACACGAAACAGAGAUUUAUGAUGGGGAGCCAUUUAAUUUUGAAGCAAUUUAUAACAGAUACAUUAAAUUUGUUAAUCAGAAUUCUUUUAUGCAGAGCGUUCAGAAGCCUGUUAUUAUGAAAGCUUUUGAACACAUUAAGAAUUUAGAAUUCUUACUGCCAGUGGGUGGCAUGAAUUCCAAAGUUGAAAAAGAGUAUCAGUAUUAUAAAUUUGUACUCACACCAGAACAGAUUAUGGAAGCUGUGAAAAAUUAUCCUGGAUUGCCAACAGAAGUUUCUCAAUGGGCUUUAUCUAGCGUGUAAUGACGAUGAUUAUCAAAGUUGUAGAUACUAACAAAUUUUGCGUUCGUAAUGCAUCAGUCUUCUAUAAUUUUAGAAUAUCCAUUUUGCUACAACUAAUUAUUAGAGGAAUAGGAUGUUUAUUUACAUGCGUUAUAUAUUUUUUUUCGAGCGUAAAUGUGUGUUCAUUUCAAGAGUAUAUGCUUCUACAUAUACUAAGAUUAUACGUAUAAGCAAAUUUAGUAGUUAAAAAAUGAUGAAGUAUUUCUUUAAAAACUGCAUUUAGGUAUGACAGUUUUACAAAGAAUCGUUGUUUGCAUUUACUACUACACGUGACAGUUAUCAUGAAUUUGUAAAUAGAUUUUUGAUGUUUAAGAACAUUGAAUAAGGUAGAUGAAAUUGUUAUUUUGUGAAUAUCCGUUACUACAGUCUUCGAUUCCUGCCUAUAAUAGCAUAGCAAAACGUCCGAUAUUACGUCCUUAAUAAGUAAUAAAGACAACAAAUAACUUUUCAUAACAAUAUUUUAUUUAAAAUUAACUAUGAUAGAAGUAAGCUCUGUAUAUGUGCCAUGCUACUUAUCGAGCCAUUCAAGGUAUAGAUAUAUUACGUAUAUGUACUGUAUCUGUGAUUUUUCAACAGGAUUAUUUCCUUAUACAUUAGCGUGCAUAAUUUUCAUAUAUGUAACUCUAUAUAAGAUUUUGAUUAUUUAUUACAGAAUGUGUGUAUAGUGUACGUCUCACAGUAACGUGUGAAAACUGAAAACGAGUUAGAACGUGUAUGUAUGUGAAUACAUUUAUACGUUUCUAAUAAAUUAACAUUCGAUAAAUUGUUAAAAAGCAUUGACAAAUAUUA